AUGGACUUUCCGCACGAUGACCGUGCUUCUGAACAACCGAGACGACGCAGACGAAAUAUUGUCAAACGGCGAUUACGCAAUAGGGCGCCUAUAUCUGCGCGGCUAGCUCUGGACAGCCAGCUGCGUGGGAGCGUCGGGAUUGUGUCUGAUGACCUGGCGAACGACCUCUUUCAGCCGCCCUCUGUAACAGAUGAUGAUGGCAUUCGCUAUCUUGCCAUAUCGCCCUAUACUCCGGGUUCUAGCGCGGUAGAUGAUCUGGCGUGGACGAUUGUUCCUGUCCGGUUGGAGUCUCUAGAUCGUUCCCGUCCCUCGCCGCUCCCGCACUCGACGGUCCUUUUUCCGGAUUCUGCAGACUCCCUCCAGCCGUUUAUACAGACUCUGACCAAACUCGAUCCUACGCGCCACUCCCUGCAAGCGCAGCGUAUUGUGGAGAUCCGAGCUCUGGACGUCAUUCCUUUGCACUUGGAUACUGUUUAUGUAACGGUAGAGCGGGACUUGCUUCGGAACCAUGAUGAUGUGCAGAGCAGGUUCGGUGGCGGGUUUACCACGAAUAUGCACGGACCGAACGGGCUGUGGGCAAAGGCGGGGAAGGGCUUGGAGCCAAAGAGAUUCACGAAGAAAGCGGCAGCUGAGGUGGAGGAAAGACUUACGGCUGCCGUCAGAGAAGCUCUAGGGACACAGAAGGUGGUGCAUACCGGCGACGUACUACCGCUCCCGCUCCCACCGCAUCCAAUCACAUACGCUCCGGCCCCUCCUGCUCACAUUUCGUUCUGCGAGCCCGUGUCUCAAGGCUUGCUUACAUCUACGACCAAGAUUGUUCUCAUUCAAGCGCGCCCACAGGGCCACAGGGCGCAAAGGAGUCUACGGUCAAGGCCGGGGCUGCUCAAGCAGGUUGCGGAAGAUGAGGCAGACGAUACAUCAAACGAGCAAUUUUACUCGGCUGCCGAAGACAAGCCCAGUGAGAGCGGGACCGAAAUGGAGAGCACAACCCCGCCAGAUGAUUCGGAAACCGAGGGUUCGGUAGGCAAUGCGAGUGACACCUCAGAUGACUCGUUGGAGGAUAUGAUCUCGCUGACAGCUCCGGAACUUCCGCAACCACCUUCCGGUGUUUUGUCUUCAAUUACUUCCGCUACACCCCGUGCUGGUGGUCGGAGACUUGACGGCAUUCACACCCCUGGGUCCGUGGCAUCUAACUUCACCUCGGCGACUCUGCGCCCGGGGAGGGGACUUGGGAAAGUUUUCAAGGCGGAAGGUUUACUUCGUGGAAUUCCAACCGAACUCCUACACCCCAGGCCUCGGGAAGACGAUGACCCGGAGUCAUUCAUCUAUGUGGACAUCAGCACUCUUGCGAAAAUCGGCUGUUUUUCCGGGGACUGGGUGAGGAUCGAGGCCACAGAGGAACCCCAGGCGAAUAUAUUUUCGUCGAUCCAGCUCGGAAGCUUCAACGAGCAUGACGAAGAGCAUGGUAAUUGGCGGCCAGUAAAAAUCUACGGCUUGCCAGGCCUUCCGUCUGCCAAGCCUAGGUAUUCGAUCAAUCAAUCCUCUGACAGGCGCCCUAGCAUCUCUCAACGCCCUCCCCAGCGGCUCACUCCGUCGGUCUAUGCUUCUCCAUUGCUCUUGAACAACCUUGAGAACACGAAAUAUGUGCGCAUCUCGCCGAUGGCAUUUGCCUCUGGUAACGGCCCUUCGAAGUCCACUGUUCUGCAUCAAGUCAAGGCCAGCUCCGCCAGACAGCCACCUUUGGCCAAGGAAGUGAACCUUUUGAAGGUUUCCACGCCGCUCUCCAUGGAUCGUGUCCUCCAGCCGGCCCUGUUCGCAGGACUCAAGCAGUAUUUCGAAUCGAAGAGGCGGAUCUUGAAAAGCGGUGAUCUUGUUGGCAUCAGCGUUGAUGAGGGGCUUGGCAGAGCUGUUUUCUCCGGCGCCGCCACCACGGAUGCGAGCACUCCAGACGAAGAUUUGACAAUACGUUUCAAUCAGGCCAAUGAGUCUGCGCAGGGUGCGAAGAAUGUUGGCGUGGCGUGGUUCCGCGUCGCUCACGUGGUUCCCGGCAAGUCCGAGGAUCAGGAUGAAGAUGAUCAAUGGGGAGGGGUAGCCGUUAUCGACUCUGCGACCACUAGGAUGGUGCAGGCUGGAAGCGACGUUAGGCGGUUUCCGGGCAUCUUGGAGAAUGGUUGGGAGUACUGGCUUGGGGUGAAAUCCGUACCAAAGUCCGUUAGCAAUGUGUCGGGCCCCCAUGGUCUGGUUACUGAGCCACCGCAGCUGUUCGUACCGCCAUUGCAAAAACGGAUUCGCGAGCUGAUGGCAGUGGCAACGAGUCCUCGCGCUAUUCAGCUGGGAAUGAAACCUGUUGUGAUUCUUUUGAAGUCGCAGCAAAGACAUAUCGGAAAGACUACAGUGGCAACGCGCGCGUGUGCAGACAUUGGCCUCCAUACCUUUCCCAUUGAUGCCUACGACAUCCUGACUGAGGGCGGCGCCAAUGGCGGCGAUGUGAAAACAGAAGCCUACCUUAAAGCGAGAGCCGAGCGCGCGUUUCACUGUGGAUCGCACUGCACAGCGCUUCUCAUCAAGCACAUUGACGUGUUGACUGCCGAUAGAAUAGUGUCAGCGAUGGCAGAAAUCCUUGCAGAUGCCAGAGUUGUUAUUGCCACAACCACGGAUGUGGAGCAGAUCCCAGAAGGGAUCCGCAGCAUGUUCACUCACGAAUUCGAGAUGACUGCGCCAGAGGAGAAGGAGCGGGAGGGCAUUCUCCGAAAUGCUGUCGCUGAACGAAGCAUCAGACUGUCACCCGAUGUCGACUUGGGAUCGGUGGCUCUGAAGACGGCCGCUUUGGUCGCUGGUGAUCUAGUGGAUGUCGUCGAAAGGGCGUCAGCCAUCAGAACCGCCCGCCUAGAAAGACUAGCGGAAACGGCAAGCAAAGUUGCGCCAGAAUCCAGAGUCAGUGUCAGGGACGUGCUUGUCUCCGGCGGCGAUGCGGCACGAGGUGUCACCAAGGCCGAUUUCGACGCCGCUGUUGAAGCUGCAAGGAAGAACUUUGCCGACUCCAUUGGGGCCCCCAAGAUUCCAAACGUCAGCUGGGAGGACGUGGGUGGACUGACCAAUGUCAAGGAUGCCUUGGUCGAAACUAUUCAGCUGCCUCUUGAAAGACCUGAGCUCUUUGCCAAGGGCAUGAAGAAGCGCAGUGGUAUUCUGUUCUAUGGUCCUCCCGGCACUGGAAAGACCUUGCUUGCCAAGGCUAUUGCCACCGAAUUCUCUCUCAACUUCUUCUCCGUCAAGGGUCCCGAGCUGCUUAAUAUGUACAUUGGUGAAUCCGAGGCGAACGUGCGGCGAGUGUUCCAACGCGCUCGGGAUGCUCGGCCUUGUGUUGUUUUCUUUGAUGAGCUGGACUCGGUCGCGCCGAAGCGUGGAAACCAAGGCGACAGUGGCGGUGUGAUGGACCGCAUCGUCAGUCAGUUGCUUGCUGAGCUAGAUGGCAUGAAUGGGGGCGAAGAGAACAGCGGGGGCGUGUUUGUUAUCGGCGCUACCAAUCGUCCCGACCUGCUGGAUACGGCCCUUUUGCGUCCGGGGCGUUUCGACAAGAUGCUCUACCUCGGUGUUUCGGAUACACAUGAGAAACAAGCUACUAUCCUUGAGGCUUUGACGAGAAAGUUCGCACUCGACCCCGAAGUGUCGCUCCGCCGGGUCGCCGACCGGCUUCCCCUUACUUAUACGGGUGCCGAUCUGUAUGCUUUGUGCUCGGACGCUAUGCUCAAGGCUAUUACGCGCAAGGCGACGGCGGUGGACGAGAAAAUCAAGCAGCUACCGGGCGGGCCAGUUAGUACUGCAUACUACUUUGACCAUCUCGCGACGCCGGACGACGUGGCUGUCAUGGUGACGGAAGAAGAUUUCACCCGGGCUCAGAGCGAGAUGGUUCCCAGCGUCAGUGCCAAGGAACUGGAACAUUUCGAGCGGAUUCGGCGACAAUUCGAAUCCGAUGACAAGAAGCAGGAGCCGCAGAGCACAGGGCCAGGACCCAAGGCCCCGCAGACCAUCGGCGACGCUCUUGAAGCGCUCAGGCUGGGAGGCCAGCUUGAUGGAUUCAUCGAUGGACCAGUUACGAAUGGAGACCAUCCUUCUCCUGGCGGUGGCAAAGGUAAAGGGAAGGCCGGGUCAGCCAUGAUGCGAAGCGUCAGCGGCCAAUCUACAAGCAGCAAGGGCAAGGGCAAAUGGAAGAAUAAGACUGUCGCAGGUGGAGGCGGAGAGUCUGAUUCUUCGCCCGAUGUUGCCAAUGGGGAUGACGACUACAUUGUCCGGACGGAUCACUUGAUGAAUUCUACGGACGGAGCGAAGUAG